AUGCAGUACCUUGGGCCCGAGACGCACGUCAGGGUGAAUGGCCUGCGGCCCGGUCGGACAUACGCCAUCCGGGUCAGGGUCCAGCUCGUCUGCGACGACCCUGAGGUGGAGCUGGCGACGCCCCCGCCCUCGCCCAUCUGCACCACCAGCACCACCCCGACUCCCCCCCAAGCCCCUGCUGCUCCGGGACUCUCCAGCCGGCAGAGGAACGCGCUCAAGUUCAAGUGGUGUGACCCUGACGAGACCGGUGGCAGACCUAUCCUGGAGUGGGUCCUGCAGGUGGCGGGCCCAGGCGUGUCUGAAGACCCCCAGGGGCUGCACACCGUCUACCGGGGCGCCGACACCUCGUUCCUGCUGAAGAGGCUGGCGUGCGGGACUCGGUACACCGCCCGCGUCAAGGCCAUCUCCUGCAUUGGAGAGAGCCCCUGGAGCCCGACCUGCUCUGUUUCGACACCGGCGGCGGUGCCGGCCGCGCCCCUGGCGCCUGUCGUCGUCGAGCGCGACGCCAGCAGCGUGACGCUGACCUGGCACGCCCCGCACAACAACGGCAGCGACCUCACCGGCUACCUGCUGGAGCUGGAUGACGGCGGGUGCGGGGAGGUCACGGGGGUGAGGUGCGGCGAUGGCUUCCGCUUUCUGUACACGGGCCUGGCGCUCUCACACCGGGCCGCCAGCCUGGUCAGCGGUGCAGUCCAUCGCUUCCGGUUGCGCGCCGAGAACGGCGUGGGCCACAGCGUGUGGAGCCCGGUGCUGGAGGUGGGCACGGCCGCCACGACCCCGGGCGAGCCGGAGGGGCUGGCGCGGCUGGGGGCCACGCUGACCUCCGUCAGCCUGGUCUGGAAGGCCCCUGCGUCGGACGGCGGCUGCCCGGUUUCGGGAUACUCGGUCGAACUGAGGCCCGCCUGCAAGGCGGCCGCCCGCACCAGGCCAGACUCCUUUGCGCCGGUGACUGAGUGCUCGGGCCCGUCCUGCACGCUGACCUCCCUCAGCCCCGGCUGCCGAUACCUGGUGCGCGUCGCGGCGAGGAACGAGGUGGGCCGGGGUCCGACCUGCGUGGCACUGGCGGUGGCCACCGAGGCGCACGUGCCCGAGCCGCCCGGGCCGGUGUCGCUGGUGGAGCGCAGCGCGGAGGGAGGGCUGUCGCUGGCGUGGGCUGCCCCGCCCCACGACGGCGGCUCUGGCAUCACAGGGUAUCGAUUGGAGCUGGUCUUCGCCGGCUGGCAGGAGGCAGCGGAGGGGAGGCAGCCUGCGCAAGGCAUGGGGGAGGGGGAGAUGGGGAGCAGCGAGGUCCUGGCAUGCGAUUCGGGCUCGGCUGUCGUGCAGGCCCUGGAGCCAGGCGCGCUCUUCACGGCUCGCGUCUGUGCGCUGAACGCGCACGGGUCUUCCCCCCACAGCGCGCCAGGGCUGUCGCUGGCGUGGGCUGCCCCGCCCCACGACGGCGGCUCUGGCAUCACAGGGUAUCGAUUGGAGCUGGUCUUCGCCGGCUGGCAGGAGGCAGCGGAGGGGAGGCAGCCUGCGCAAGGCAUGGGGGAGGGGGAGAUGGGGAGCAGCGAGGUCCUGGCAUGCGAUUCGGGCUCGGCUGUCGUGCAGGCCCUGGAGCCAGGCGCGCUCUUCACGGCUCGCGUCUGUGCGCUGAACGCGCACGGGUCUUCCCCCCACAGCGCGCCAGUGACCCUGGAGACGGCGCCCGGCAGGCCCGCCGCCCCAGACCGGCCCCGUCUCCUCCGCGCUUCGGGCUCCGAUCUGACGAUCGGCUGGAGCGCCCCCUACGGGCGGGGCGGCGGCGUGCGCAGCUUCCAGCUCCGCAUCGCGCCCGCCGCUGCGUGUCUGCGCCCCGAGAGCCUGCCCGGGGAGCCGCCUCGAUGCAGCGCCCAGGCCUACUCCGGCCCCGCCACGUCCUGCACCGUGCCUGACCUGCAGCCCGCGACACCCUACCGCGCCUGGGUGGCGGGCGAGAACGCGGCGGGGAAGGGGGAGUGGUCGGCGCCGCUGGAGUGCCGGACCCAGCCUGUGGGGCCCUCCCCACCCCAGGCCCUGGCUGUGGAGUCGGUCGGCUGCCGCGGCGCCGCGCUGUCCUGGGCGCCGCCUGCGCUGGACAACGGGAGCCCGGUGCUGGGGUACGCCUUGCAGGCGGGGCCCGCUGCUCGCAGGGCCGGCUGGAGACAGGUCCAUGUGACCGGCCUCGAUCCCGGCCAGGAAUGGGUUUUCCGGGCCAGGGCCUGGAACGAGGCUGGGGAGGGGCCAUGGUCGGAGGUCGUCACCCUGGCCCUGCCACCCGACGUGCCAGAUGCGCCGGCGGGCCCCACCUUCUCCGGCCGCACGGGCACGAGCGUCCGGGUGCAGUGGGAGGCCCCCGCCCACGACGGCGGCUCCGCCAUAACGGCCUACGUGCUGGAGGCGUGGCGGCGCGACGGCCUCGCAGGCGCCUGGACGGCCGUGUACUCCGGCCCCGCCACCGCCGCCAAGGUGGCCGACCUGCCCCCCGACACGGAGGUCGCCUUCCGCCUGCGCAUGGCGCUGCGGGUGGGCGCCACCGGGCCCGUGGCCAAGGCCAGGCCCAGGAAGGCCACGAUGCUGUCUGGCGUGGCGCGCGCGGCGGGGCUGCGGGAGGCGGACCUCGCGACGGCGGGCUGGGCGCUGGCAAUCGCGGCGCUGCUGCUCUCCGCCCUGGGCCUGUGGAGCCGCUCGGACUGA